AUGACAACCCUUUUUUCCCAGCCGGGUUCUGCAGAGAAGGCCAUCCGGAAACUAGAUAUCGCACAGGUCUCGCUGAGUCUCCAAGACCGACUCGGCCUAGCCAAGCUGAAAUAUCAGCAUGGCCGCAUUCACGGGUUGACCAAUUCGGCCAGCAGCGAUCGACCCUCCGACUCCUCCUCGGAUUUCUCUUUCAGUCGCUGCGAGACGCCCUUGACCUCCCCUCCCCUGGUGGCACCGCUCUCGAGAGAACUCCCCCGGUCAACUCGCAAUAAACAUGCGGUCACCUUCACGCCGCACCUGAUGCAGCCUGCGCUGCCCACCAGUCGCAAACGCGCGCGCGCAGAUUCUGAUACGGAGCGACCUCCAAAGAGUGCUCGAGCUUCGUGGAAGAGCAACCACCAAUUGCCCGCCUCGUCCCCCGGUCUACAUCGCCAUCGCACGAUGCGCCGAAACCCGCCUCACUUCAUGUCCGAGGCGGCCAUCCCAGAGGUGUCUUCUCCCGCCGAUCAGGGUCCGUCCGACGAAGAGAAUGAUUUGGAUCUUCCCUUCCACAGCUUCCAGCACCCGGCUUCGAUCUUGCAAUCCUCCCCACCGCGCACGCCGCCCUCCCAACACACCCGGAUCUCUCGCGGGGACCGUCCGUCACAGCACGAAGACGGGGCUGAUCUGCUGCUCUACUUGGCCAAUUCGCCCACCCCGGCCCGCGUGGCGAGGGGAUCACAGCAAGCCUUUCCCCCUUCCACGCCCCCUAGCCAGCAUGCCAUGCUCCCACAUCUCACUCCCACCAUGGGAACGCCCGGCCAGCAAUUCAACUUUGCUGAUUUUGUGAAUGUGACCCCCAGUCCAGCCCAGCCUGCCUGGGGUGGCCGGACCCCGGGAAAUCCAGCCCGGACUCCUCUGUCCACCAAGGAUGCCCGAAAGCGGCUGAAUUUCGAUGCUCUUGUCCCCCCGAGUUCCUCCAGUCCUCGUCUUCGGGCCAAGCAGGUGGGACUCGCUUUGCAACUUGGCGGCGAGCUGCGACCUUAG